CACACAGAUCGUGACACUUUGCUUUGUACAACGAUGGGAUCAUGAGUGUCAUCCGCAUCUCUUCUGAUUGAACGGGCAGAGAACUGACAAUGUAACUUGGCUGUUGAGAGCUUUGCCACCGCAAUGGCCGACCCUCUUUACGACCUCCUGAGACCACAUCUCCCACAGGCCGGUACCUCAUCCAAUUCAGCCACCAGCCCAGAAAUCUCAAGAUAUCUCUCACGCAUAGUGUCUCUACGCUUGAACGACCUCACAACCACCGAGCCACAGUCUCUAUCCCAAGCAGCGCAUUCCAACUUAGUCUCCAUCCAAGCAUUGAGUUCGCGCUCUCAUCGCACAACAACCACCUCAUCCGAUCACCUAUCCACACUUCGCACGUCAUUAGCAUCUCUAUCGUCCUCAGUCGAGGCGCUGAGAACCGCCAUCCCAGACCUCGACACCAGUGCUGUCACUUUCGCUACAUCAUACAACCGCGCCAAAGACGACACCACAGGGGGCAAUGCCCUUCUCAACGCGAGGCGCGAAACCGCCCUCCUCGCCCGCCAGGCGGACAAGGCUCAAGAUAUCCUCGAACUCCCAUCAUUACUAUCAGCUGCCAUCGCUUCAGCGAGUACCACCAGCACAAACGCGAACGCCACCUCAACGUCGGGAACAAACUACACCCAAGCCCUCGACCUCUUCGCGCACAUCAAGCGCCUACAGAUCCUGUACCCAGACUCCCAAUUAAUCAAGUCCAUACUCGCAGACGCGGAACUCGCCAUGAAGGACAUGACGACAAAUCUCAUCGCCAGUCUGCGCUCGCAGAACAUUCGUCUCGCGGCGGCCAUCCGGAUGAUAGGCUGGCUACGACGCGUCGCGCCCGAACUGGGAACAAGCACAACUCCGAGCAGUCAACCCAAAGCACAAUCUCACUUCGGCCUAUCCUCAACUCAACCAUCAACCCACGACGAAGGCCACUUCGGCGCCCUCUUCCUCUGCGCCCGCCUCUGCACAUUCCUCACCAUGACCGAAGCACUCGCACCGCUGCGUGACCUCGCCGACCAAGAAACACAGGUUCGACAAGCGAAUGCCGCUGGCAUCAGUACCAGUACAUCAACACCACCACGCCCGACACCCCCGCGCAAGGCCUCCGGUGUCGGCGCCAACGCGCUAAGCGGCCAACAAACCGAACGCUACUUGAAACGCUAUAUUGAGAUCUUCCGCGAACAGUCCUUCGCCACGAUAAGCAUGUACCGCAACAUAUUUCCCGAUGACGAAGACGGCGCCACUACUUCUGGUCUAACAGCGCAGGACAAUCCAUCACUGUCGCUCACCCUCCCACCAGCCCUUCAAUCCUUCCCACUACAUCUAGUCGAGCUCUUCAUGGCCACAUUGAAAGAGUACCUGCCGAAUGUGACCGACCCCGCUACUCGUGAGAGUCUGUUGAUGCAAGUCCUCUACGCGGCGAAUAGUCUAGGCAGACUCGGUGCGGAUUUCAGCUUGAUGAUCGCCGUGCUUGAUGUGGAUGGCGAGGUUGACGAAACAUCUUACCUGGAGACUGCGCCUGACCCUCAGGCUGAAAGUGAGACCGAAGCCGGCGCUCAACCGAAGGUCCAGACAGAAGAGGGUGACUUGACCGUUGAGCAGAGGGGAGAAAAUGCUGGAGCUGAGGCAAACGGCGACACUGAGACCAACGGUGAGAAUGCAGAGAAGGCAGAUACCAAUGGCGAGACGGAAACGACGGAGGAACCGGAGGAGGCGCCACCAGAGGAAGAAAAGCCACCUCAACCCGACCCAGAAUGGAUUGCGGUCAUCAAGAAGCACCGUGUUCAGGCUGCGAGGUUGGAAGCAUUGGCCGCGGGUCAGGACCGGGUUGUUCAAAGACGAGAGUCCAGCGACGUUGCCGUGCGAUGACCCAUGGCAAGUAUCAUGUAAUUGAUCAUGUGGAAUUAGAUAUAAAAUACUCC